GCCAUUUGGUCUCCACUUAGAGAGAAACAGACACAAAUCGAGAAAAAUGGCAAACAGUGGUGAAGGUAAAGUAGUGUGUGUAACCGGAGCCUCUGGUUACAUCGCCUCAUGGCUCGUCAAGUUCCUCCUUAGCCGUGGCUACACCGUUAAGGCCUCCGUCCGUGACCCCAGUGAUCCAAAAAAGACGCAACAUUUAGUUUCACUGGAAGGUGCAAAGGAGAGACUUCACUUGUUCAAAGCAGACCUUUUGGAAGAAGGUUCUUUCGAUUCUGCUAUUGAUGGCUGCCAUGGAGUUUUCCACACUGCUUCCCCAUUUUUUCAUGAUGUCAAAGACCCACAGGUUGAGCUUAUUGAUCCUGCGGUCAAGGGGACACUUAACGUUUUGAAUUCUUGCACCAAAGCAUCUUCGGUUAAAAGGGUUGUUGUUACCUCCUCCAUGGCAGCCGUUGCUUACAAUGGAAAACCACGCACACCUGAUGUUACCGUCGAUGAAACUUGGUUCUCUGAUCCUGAGCUUUGCGAGACCUCCAAGAUGUGGUAUGUUCUAUCCAAGACUUUGGCGGAAGAUACCGCUUGGAAACUUGCCAAAGAGAAAGGCUUAGACAUUGUUACUAUUAACCCGGCUAUGGUGAUCGGCCCUCUCCUACAGCCAACUCUGAACACGAGUGCUGCUGCUAUACUAAACUUAAUAAAUGGUGCAAAGACUUUCCCCAACUCGAGUUUCGGAUGGGUUAAUGUAAAAGACGUAGCCAAUGCGCACAUCCAAGCAUUUGAGGUCCCUUCAGCUAACGGACGUUAUUGUUUGGUCGAGAGUGUCGUUCACCACUCCGAGAUUGUUAACAUUCUACGUGAGCUUUACCCAAAUCUCCCACUCCCUGAAAGGUGUGUGGACGAGAAUCCCUACGUGCCAACAUAUCAAGUGUCCAAGGAGAAAACGAGGAGCCUUGGCAUAGACUACAUACCCUUGAAGGUUAGCAUCAAGGAGACCGUCGAGUCCUUGAAGGAGAGAGGUUUCAUACACUUCUGAGAAAGAUUUGAGCCAAUGGAUUCAAUCCAGAUUAUAUAAAGUAUUUGGAACACU